AUGGUUACCCUCCAAGCCGUCCACGCUUCCAACGACCGUCUUAGAGCGGCUGGCCCUGGCCUGGUCGCCGUUUUCCUCGGCGCCACCUCUGGCAUUGGCCAGAAUGCUCUGAGGCUGUUCGCCGAGCGCACUAUCGAGCCGCGGAUAUACAUUGUCGCCAGAAACGCCAAAACCAUAGGUCCUUUCAUCGAAGAGCUGCAGGACAAGAACCCCGGCGGCAAGUACGAGGUGAUUGAGAAAGACGUCUCUUUGUUGAAAAACGUAGACGAGGUGGCUCGCAUCGUCAGGGGAAAAGAGACCAAACUCGACCUCCUCUUCCUAUCAGUGGGCUUCUUCUCACUACAUGGUCGUCAAGAUACCAGCGAAGGGCUGGAUGCUUCCUUGACGACCAGAUACUACUCUCGGCUGCGCAUCACUCAGCUUUUGAUGCCGCUACUCAACGCCUCACCGAGUCCGCACGUCUUAUCCGUCCUUGCCGGCGGGAUGGAAGGCCCCAUCAACGAGGCCGACCUCUCCUUGUCCGACCCCAAGAACUUCUCUGUCAGCGCUGGCAACAAUCACUCCGCGACCAUGUCGACACUAGCAUUCGAGCGCCUCGCAUCCGAGAACCCGUCCGUCAGCUUCGUGCACACCUUCCCUGGGUUGGUCUCUACACCUUUAUUAGGGCGCGUCAGCAGUGGCGUAUUGGGUACGGUGAUCCGCUGGGUGGUUAUGCCUUUGAUGAAGCUCUUCGUCACGACGCCCGCCGAGGCCGGUGCGAGGGCGCUGUUCCACGGCACGAGCUCCCGGUACAGUGUCGAUGGCGGGCUCGUACCCCUCUUGUAUGGCCUGGAAAAGGCCACCACAAGCAAGGGUGGCGUGUUCCUCGUUGAUCCAAAGGGUGAUAGUGCCGACAGUGAAAAGGUACUCGGGGACUUGAGGGAAAGGGGCGUGGAUAAGCUGGUAUGGGAGCAUACCAUGGAAGUAUUCGACUCGGUCCAGUGA